AUGGCGACAGAGCCGGAGAACCUUGAAGACGAUCUGCCUUACAGUCAACGCGAAUCUUGGAAGGACAUCGUUCCGGUCCCUCAAAAUGACGGCCCGCAUCCUCUUGCAGUCAUAAAAUACCCUCUGGGCUUUGAAGAGGUGCACAAUUACUUCCGAGCAAUUCAGCAGCGCAACGAGACCAGCCAGAGGGCGCUGCACUUGACUGCGGACGUGAUUGAACACAACUCUGCGAAUUACACCGCCUGGUACUAUCGGCGACGAUGCCUCAAAGAUUUGGGUAUCGAUCUGGAAGACGAGCGAAUCUUCACUGACAAGUGGGCUAGAGAUUGCCCGAAGAAUUACCAGGUGUGGUAUCACAGACGUUGGCUCGUGUCGGAGAUGGCCACACGCGCACGUUCCCGCACACCAGGCCCAGAGGCUGAGGAAACGAUCCAACAGAUAGCAAAGAGCGAGCUUGAUUAUCACCUCGAAUGCAUGCGGGUGAACAGCGACUACAAGAACUACAAUGGCUGGUCGCAUCGACAGUUCAUCUUGCAACAGUUCAACCUCUGGCAUGAAGAGCUUCCGUUCGUCGAGCAGCUUUUGGAAGAAGACAUCCGCAACAACUCCGCGUGGAACCAUAGGUACACAACUGUUCGACAUCAAAGCUGGCCAUUUACAGACAGCAUUCGCGAUCGCGAGUUGAACUUUGCCAUGCAAGCAAUACGCAAGUGCGCGAACAAUGAGUGUGCUUGGAACUAUUUGUCCGCUUUCUUGGGGGAUGGAGAUGGGAAGGUUCCUUGGACUUCAGCACCAGCAGUUGAGAUGCUUUGCCGCGAGGUCGUGGAAGUUGCUACACAGGAGGGCACGUCAUGUUGCUUUGCCAUCCAAGCACUUGCCAACAUCCACGAGGCCAAGGGGGAGAUCCAAGCAGCUCUGGAGCAGUACGAGCAGCUAAAGGAAUUGGACAGGAUACGCGGAAAGUAUUGGUCCUGGCGGGCAGCUUCCUUACGUGGCAUGCAGAUGCCUGCGUUGUUUGCGUUCCUACUUUUGCAAGCUUUGCUCAGGCGGAGCAUUUGCGACAGAAGACGAAGGCAACGAAAAGCGCCGACUGCGAGUAGGUAG